UAGCCCUAUUACUCCAACACCACACUGUUGACCAUCAUCAACGGGCUGCCAAAGCUUUGACCUCGCGCAGACUUAACAACCGGUCGCUAUUACAAGGAGGCCAUAGCUGUUCUCGCCGUGAGCAUCGCGCUUCGAGGUUCUGUUUGAUUGCGACACUGUGGAGUGAUUGUGUACAUAGUUUCUGUUUUUGGAGCUCUGAAGACAUAGUCCGGCACUAUCGGCAAGACAAAGAGGUCUGAAACUGCACCUGGAGAAGAAGAAACUUUCAAAGGAAAUUAGGCAGCCCUCGCAAUUCCCCCAGCGGACAAAGCCCAAUUCUUGCCGAGCGAACCCAAACCAUCCGGACACUUGUUAUCUCCCAGCAGCCUCACUUUCCCUUCACAUCCACCUCACCUCCGGACAUCCCGCCAACAAACGCCCAACAUGUCCGACGACGAAAGCCAAGAGAGCCUCGACUACCUGCAAUCCAACUUCGAGCCCUCCACCCUCACCGUCCCCCGCCUCCGCUCCAUCCUCGUCUCCCACGACAUCCCCUACCCCUCCGGCGCGAAGAAACCCCAACUCAUCGAGAUCUUCACCGAUAAAGUCCUCCCCCAGUCCCGCAAGAUCCUCUCCGCCCGCGCCCGCGCACGCCGCACAAGCAAGGGGAUCACCAACGCAGAUCGCUACGAUGCAGGUGCCUUAGAAGAAGAUGACCAACCCAUCCUCCCCCCUCCAUCUGCCAGCCGGACUAAAUCCGCAAGGAAACCAUCGGCGAGGAUAAGAGAGGACACGCUCGACUCCGAGGAGCCACGCGCGAGAACGCGAUCGCGAUCACCCGUCAAACAAACCCCCCGCGUCACGAGCGCCAAGCACGCUCGCGCCGCAACAGAAGACUCCAGUGAGCCUGACACAAUCCGUCGCACAGUCCGCAAAACCCGCAAGAGCGAAGCACCUGUUGUCAAGUCCGAAGACCUGGAUGAAGAUUUCCCCCGCAAAGGCGCGGCAUUCAGCCACGAUAACCCCUUCCAAAGCGGCUCCUCCCCCAUCUCCUCCUCCCGCAGCUCCAGCGGCGAGAGACGCAGAAAGACACUCCACGAGACGCCUGCGAAGCGCAAGUCCAGCGCCACCACGCCCCGUCGUCGCACGGCUGAUAUCCCGCAAACCCGCGCGGAUGAUGGGAUUAUCCCGCCCUCCAGCGCGACGUUCGAACUCGCGCACGUGCCGAUGGAUCAUUCUAUCGACUUUGAUGAUAAUGCCGUCGAGACGAGCGAGGAGUUCACGCCGGAGGAGCAGCUGCAACUUGACACUGAGCGCGCUGCUGGCCGGGCAUCCGCACCCGUUGCGAGGCGGCCGAAGAAGAAAGCCUCGGGUGGUGGGUUUAAUGCCAAGGGUCCCCUAUGGGUAGUCUUCCUCACCAUGCUCGGCGGGUACGCAGCCUGGUACCGACAGGAGAAAUUGGCCGUCGGCUACUGUGGCGUCGGUCGCCCCGCUGCACCUAUCGUGUCUAGCAAACUCGAGCAUUUGCCAGAUUGGGCGCUUGCGCUGGCGGAACCGGAGUGUGAAGCCUGCCCACAACAUGCGUUUUGCUAUGAGAGGCUUGAGACGGCAUGUGAGCCCGAUUUCGUCCUGCGCCCCCACCCGCUUGCAUUAGGUGGUGUAGUCCCGCUACCGCCGACGUGCGAGCCGGAUGGGGAGAAGGUGAGGAGGAUUAAAGUCGUCGCGGACCGCGCGGUGGCGGAGUUGAGGCAGAGGAGGGCGAAGUUUGAGUGUGGUGCGAAAGAGGAGGGAGGGAGCGGGGAGGUGGUGAGGAAGCCGGAGAUUGGGGAGGAGGAGCUGAAGAAGAGGGUUAGUGAUAAGAGGAGGAGGGGGAUGGGACAGGCGGAGUUUGAGGAGUUGUGGGCUGGGGCGAUUGGGGAGAUUAUGGGGAGGGAGGAGGUGGAGGUUGUUAGGGAUGAACCAACCACCCCAGGACAUCCCCGCCUUUCGAGCAGCUCCCUCUCAGCGCUCCCUCUUUCCUGCGCCCUCCGCCGAUCCCUCAGACUCGCAGUGGCAAGACAUCGACUCCAAAUUGCAAUUCUUGCGCUAGUCGCAACUAUCCUCCUCUACGCCCGGUCGAAGUACUCGUCUUACCUAGCUAUCUCGGCGAAGAUCCCAGAACUUAUUUCGCUUACCCUUGAUCGCCUGGCGGAGCAGGCUGCGAGACAUAGUAUUGACCCCGCGGCGUGUCCGGAGGCGUAUAUCCCCAUCUCGCAACUGCGCGAUGAUGUACUCCGCGACGAACAUUCGCUGACGAAACGCGACGCCAUAUGGCAAAAAGUCCGGAACGUCGUCGAGAUGAACGCCAACGUGCGCUCGGCGCAAAGACAAGAUCGAAACGGCGAGAUCGCGAGGGUGUGGGAGUGGAUCGGUGCUGUUGCGGGACAGGUCGCGGAGAGGGAAAGGAGGAAGAGUGGACGGGUUAGCUGGGGAGAGUUUGGAGAGGCGAGUAGUCCGGUUAGUGGCACGGAUGGGGGGCCGGAGGUUGUGCAGCAGAGGUGGCAGGAGGGGCGGCCGAUUUAUUAGUUUGGGUUUGGAGGGGGUGUGAGAUAUUUGUAGGGGAUUUUUGUAUGUUUUUUUUUGUUCCUUUGUUGGUGGUUGACGACGGAAGGCGUUUAUGGGAGGGCUGGGUGGUUACUUGGACAUGACAGUUUCACCAUUAUGGCAGGUAUGCGAAGAGGGGGGAUGAAGUUAGUUAAUACCGCUAUUCAAUUACAUAUAUGUUAAAUUAAAU